CGGUGCUUCUCAGAGACCGGAUAUCCGGUUAGUUUGUAUUUUCUUCUGAGCCGGCGGGGAAUCCUGUAACCCCAGGAUGUAUGCGGUUUACAGACAGGCGCAUCCUCCCACAGGGCUGGAGUUCUCCAUGUACUGCAACUUUUUUAAUAACACAGAAAAGAACCUUGUGGUAGCUGGAACUUCCCAGCUCUACGUGUAUCGGCUGAACCAUGACUCAGAGAGUUCUACAAAAGGCGACAAAGGUGCAGAUGUGAAAGGCCACAAAGAGAAGCUGGAGCUAAUGGCUUCCUUUUCUUUCUUUGGAAAUGUCAUGUCCAUGGCAAGCGUGCAGCUGGCUGGAGCCAAGAGAGAUGCUCUGUUGCUGAGCUUUAAGGAGGCUAAGCUGUCAGUUGUGGAGUACGACCCUGGCACUCAUGAUCUCAAGACCUUAUCUCUACAUUAUUUUGAGGAGCCUGAGUUAAGGGAUGGCUUUGUGCAGAAUGUUCACAUUCCAAAGGUUCGUGUGGACCCCAGUGGGCGCUGUGCCGUCAUGCUUAUUUAUGGUACAAGACUGGUGGUGCUGCCAUUUCGUAGAGAUACCCUGACAGAGGAACAUGAAGGACUCAUGGGAGAGGGGCAGAAAUCCAGUUUCCUUCCCAGUUACAUCAUUGAUGUACGAGAACUCGAUGAAAAGCUGCUCAACAUCAUUGAUAUGCAAUUUCUUCAUGGAUACUAUGAGCCCACCUUGCUCAUCCUGUUUGAGCCAAAUCAGACCUGGCCUGGCCGCGUAGCCGUGCGCCAGGACACCUGCAGCAUUGUCGCCAUCUCCUUGAAUAUUCUUCAGAAAGUGCAUCCAGUUAUCUGGUCCCUCAGCAGUUUGCCAUUUGACUGCACACAAGCAUUAGCUGUGCCCAAACCCAUCGGAGGCGUUGUGAUCUUUGCAGUGAAUUCUCUACUGUAUCUCAAUCAGAGUGUUCCACCAUAUGGUGUGUCACUAAACAGCCUGACUAAUGGGACGACCUCGUUCCCUCUCAAGAAUCAGGAGGCUGUUCGAAUCUCACUGGACUGCUCUCAGGCCACAUUUAUCUCUUAUGACAAGAUGGUGAUUUCGCUGAAGGGUGGAGAGAUUUACGUUCUGACUCUGAUUACUGACGGAAUGCGAAGUGUGCGAUCAUUCCACUUUGACAAAGCAGCUGCGAGUGUCCUCACCACGUCAAUGACGCUGAUGGAACCUGGUUAUCUUUUUUUGGGGUCCCGUCUUGGAAACUCUCUGCUCCUCAGAUAUACAGAAAAGAUCCAAGACUCCCUGACUUCACAAAAUAAAGACACAGACAAGUUGGACGAACCUCCCAAUAAGAAGAAACGAGUGGAUUCAUCUUUAGGCCGCAUUAAGGGAACCAUGUCGGAUGAGAUUGAUGAGAUUGAAGUUUAUGGCAAUGAGAUGCAGUCCGGCACGCAGCUCUCCACGUACUCCUUUGAGGUUUGUGACAGUAUCCUAAACAUAGGACCGUGCGCGAUGGCUUCUAUGGGGGAACCAGCAUUUCUAUCUGAGGAGUUUCAGAACAGUCCAGAGCCAGACCUUGAGAUUGUGUUAUGUUCUGGAUACGGAAAGAACGGGGCCCUGUCUGUACUGCAGAAAAGUAUCCGCCCUCAAGUGGUGACGACCUUCGAACUUCCUGGCUGCCAUGAUAUGUGGACCGUUGUAUCCUCACACAAGAAGGAAGAGCUGAUGAAGCAGGAGGGAGAGAAUACUGAAGGAGAGAAGAACCCCGUGGAUUCAGAGGAAGAUGCUAACCGCCAUGGAUUCCUUAUCUUAAGCCGAGAAGACUCCACAAUGAUUCUACAGACUGGCCAGGAGAUCAUGGAGCUGGACACCAGUGGUUUUGCAACACAGGGCCCUACUGUGUAUGCUGGGAACAUCGGUGACAACAAGUACAUAGUGCAAGUGUCGCCACUAGGAAUCCGCCUACUGGAAGGAGUCACGCAGCUGCAUUUCAUCCCCGUGGACCUGGGCUCCCCCAUCGUUCACUGUGCGGUGGCCGAUCCUUAUGUCGUGAUUCUCAGUGCGGAGGGUCAGGUCUCCAUGUUUGUUCUGAAGAGUGAUACAUUCGGAGGCAAAACUCACAGAUUGGCCCUACAGAAACCCACCCUGCACCAUCAAUCCAGGGUGAUCGCUCUGUGUGUGUAUCGUGACGUCAGCGGCAUGUUUACGACUGAGGCCAGGACUAAUCAACCCCGAGAAGAGAGCUUUGGAAUGAGCUUGUCGGAGGGUGACAGCCUCCUGCAGGAAAUGAGUCACUCAGUUGAUGAUGAGGACGAGAUGCUAUAUGGAGAUUCCGGCUUCCUGUCCAGCCCCACCAAAGAUGAGCCCCGCAGAGGUUGCCAACCUGCUUCAGAAAAGGAAUCCUCUCCUUAUAAGACAGAGACCACUCACUGGUGUGUCUUAGUAAGAGAAAGUGGGAUCAUGGAGAUAUAUCAGCUUCCAGAAUGGCGACUGGUAUUUUUGGUGAAGAACUUCCCUGUUGGGCAGCGUGUCCUUGUGGACAGCUCAUUUGGGCAGCCAAGUGCUCCUGGUGAUAGCAGGAAGGAAGAGGUAACCCGUCAGGGGGAGAUGCCCCUGGUGAAGGAAGUGUUGCUUGUGGGCCUGGGAAAUAGGCAGAGUCGUCCAUACUUGCUGGUUCUUGUCGACACGGAGCUCCUGAUUUAUGAGGCUUUUGCACAUGAUUCUCAGCCUGGACAGGGGAAUCUCAAAGUUCGAUUCAAAAAAGUUCCACAUAACAUAAAUUUUCGGGAAAAGAAAGUUAGACAGUCUAAAAAGAAAUGUGAAGGAACCGGUGAAGACUACUCCACACGUGGAAGGGUGGCCAGGUUCCGGUACUUCCAGGAUAUAUAUGGAUAUUCAGGGGUGUUCAUUUGUGGUCCAUCUCCUCACUGGCUCCUGGUGACCUCUCGAGGGGCUUUGCGACUGCACCCAAUGACUAUUGAUGGCUUUGUUGAAUCUUUUGCACCCUUCCACAACGUUAACUGCCCCAAGGGAUUCCUGUAUUUCAACCGUCAGGGUGAGCUGCGGAUAAGCGUCUUACCAGCAUAUCUCUCCUAUGAUGCUCCUUGGCCUGUGAGAAAGAUCCCGCUUCGCUGUACUGCUCAUUACGUCUCGUACCACGUGGAGUCCAAGGUGUACGCUGUGGCCACGAGUGUGAACGAUGUUUGCACGCGCCUCCCACGCAUGACUGGCGAGGAGAAGGAGUUUGAAACAAUAGAAAGAGAUGAUCGCUAUAUUCCUGCUGUCCAAGAGGCGUUUUCAAUCCAGCUUAUCUCUCCGGUUAGCUGGGAAACAAUCCCAAAUACCAGGAUUGACUUGGAGGAAUGGGAGCACGUCACUUGUAUGAAGACCGUGAACCUUAAAAGUGAAGAAACAGUGUCUGGGCUGAAGGGGUACAUUGCAGUUGGUACAUGUUUGAUGCAUGGAGAGGAGGUGACUUGCAGAGGACGGAUCUUAAUCACGGAUAUCAUCGAAGUUGUCCCAGAGCCUGGGCAGCCACUUACAAAGAACAAGUUCAAGGUCCUUUAUGAAAAGGAGCAGAAAGGUCCCGUCACUGCCCUGUGUCACUGCAAUGGGUACCUGGUGACAGCCAUAGGUCAAAAGAUUUUCCUGUGGAGUCUGAAAGACAAUGAUCUGACCGGCAUGGCGUUCAUCGACACUCAGCUCUAUAUACACCAGAUGAUCAGCGUCAAGAACUUCAUCCUGGCCGCAGAUGUUAUGAAGAGCAUCUCACUUCUGCGCUAUCAGGAGGAGAGCAAAACACUGUCACUUGUCAGCAGGGAUGUGAAGCCGCUGGAGGUUUACAGUGUGGAGUUCCUGGUGGAUAAUAACCAGCUUGGCUUUUUGGUUUCAGAUCGAGACAGGAACCUCUUGCUGUACAUGUACCUUCCAGCAGCAAAGGAAAGUUUUGGUGGAAUGCGUCUCCUGCGGAGAGCAGAUUUCCAUGCGGGGUCCCAUGUGAAUGCAUUCUGGAGGACCCCGUGCCGAGGAGCCAAUGAAGGGCCAAGUCGUAAAACAGUACUUUGGGACAACAAACAUAUUACGUGGUUUGCCACUCUGGAUGGGGGGGUUGGUCUGCUGCUUCCCAUGCAAGAGAAGACAUACAGACGGCUUUUAAUGUUACAGAAUGCACUUACCACCAUGCUGCCUCACCACGCAGGACUUAAUCCCAGGGCUUUCAGGAUGUUACAUUCCACUCGACGUACUCUGCAAAAUGCUGUAAGAAAUGUGCUCGAUGGUGAACUACUCAACAGAUUUCUGUAUUUAAGCACUAUGGAAAGGAGCGAACUCGCCAAAAAGAUUGGUACCACCACUGACAUUAUAUUGGACGAUUUGCUGGAAAUUGACCGUGUGACAUCUCUUUUCUGAGUGCUGAUAUUCUGUGAAUGUUUCUUUGUACAGUUUGUAUUUGUCUUAUUUUUGUUUGUUUUUUGUUUUUUAAUGAACAAAUUUUGUAAAUGCGUA